UCCGGGUCGUCCCCGGGCGGCUCUAGGCGCUCCUCGAGUCAUUUAAGUAAAAGGCGUGUCCUCUGGUGCUAAUGGCAUGGAGGAGGGGCGUCGCGCGCGCGGAACUCAUUGGGAGCCUGGGGGCCUACACAGCGCUUCUAGGGGCCUAAGUUGCCUGCGGCUGGACCGGCUCGCACGAGACCGCCAGGUGCCGCUUCCCCUUCCAGCCAGCCUCCGCCGCCUUCCUUCCGACUUUCGCGUGCCUUCUUUCCGGCGCCCGCCCGCGGCCAGAGCCAGGAUGCUUCCGAAGCGGCGGCGAGCGUGGGUCGGGUCCCCUGGCGGUCCUGCCCCCUCCACGGCGCGCUUUCCCGGCAUUGCCAUCUACCUGGCCGAGCCGCGCAUGGGUCGCAGCCGCCGGGCCUUCCUCACGCGCCUGGCCCUCUCCAAGGGCUUCCGGGUCCUGGAUGCCUACAGCUCUGAGGUGACACAUGUGGUGAUGGAACAGACCUCAGCGGAGGAGGCCAGCACCUGGAAGGAGCACAGGGCGGUGGCAGGCUCUCCGCAGGGCCACACCAGCCCAGUGCUGCUGGACAUAAGCUGGUUCACGGAAAGCAUGGCAGCUGGGGAGCCCGUGCCUGUGGAGCCCCGGCACUGCCUGGAGGUGGCCGUGCCCGGGAAAGGGCUGCCAGGCUCAGUAUGGAUGCCAGAGUAUGCCUGCCAGCGCCCCACACCCCUCACACAUCACAACAGCAGCCUCACGGAGCCUCUGGAGAUGCUGGCGGAGGCGGCUGGCUUUGAGGGCAGUGAAGGCCGCUUCCUCUCCUUCUACAGAGCGGCCUCGGUGCUCAAGGCCCUUCCGAGCCGGGUCACAGCCAUGAGCCAGCUGCAGGGGCUGCCCCACUUUGGAGAACAUUCCUGCAGGGUCAUCCAGGAAGUGCUGACACAGGGAGUAUGUGAGGAGGUGGAGAGAAUCCGAUGCUCAGAGAGGUACCAGACCAUGAAGCUUUUCACCAGGAUCUUCGGGGUUGGGGUAAAGACUGCUGACCGGUGGUACCGAGAAGGGCUGCGGACCCUCGACAGCCUCCAAGAGCAGCCCCAGAGGCUGACCCAGCAGCAGAAAGCAGGACUCCGGCACUACCAGGACCUGAGUGUACCGCUCCAGCGACCCCAAGUGGAGGCCCUGCAGCGGGUGGUGGAGGCAGCCGUGGGGCACAUCCUUCCCGGGGCCACCAUCACGCUGGCCGGGGGCUUUCGGAGAGCGGGCCCCCUCAGGGGCAAGUUGCAGGGCCACGACGUGGAUUUCCUCCUCACCCACCCCCAGGAGGGCCGGGAGGCAGGGCUGCUGUCCAGAGUGAUGCACAGCCUGCAGAGUCAGGGCCUUGUCCUUUACCACCAGCACCACCACGGCCACUGUGCAGAUGCCGCCUGCCCGCCCCGGCAGAACCAUGCCAUGGACGGCUUUGAGAGAACCUUCUGUAUCUUCUGCCUGCCUUCACCCCCAGAGGCUGCUGUGGGGGGCGCCCGGAGGGCCGUGCGGGUAGACCUGGUGGUGGUCCCUGUCAGCCAGUUCCCCUACGCCCUGCUGGGCUGGACCGGCUCGAAGCAUUUCCAGCGGGAGCUGCGCCGCUUCAGCCGGAAGGAGAGAGGGCUGUGGCUGAACAGCCAUGGGCUGUUUGACCCCCAGCAGAAGAAACAUUUCCAUGCGGCUUCGGAGGAAGACAUCUUCAGACACCUGGGCCUGGAGUACCUUCCCCCAGAGCAGAGAAAUGCCUGACCCAGCCGCUGGCCCAGUCUGCUCUCUGGAGAGGCAGGCCCUGUGGAUGCUCUCCGCCGCUGGAAGUCUCCAGGGCAAAGAUGCACUGUGGCCCCAGGUCCUCACCCCACACCCAAGCCCGGAUAUAAUGAA